AUGGCACGGACACGCAGCUUCCCGUGUCCAUGGGCCACCUGUAAAAAGGUUUUCAAUCGCAAAUCGGACCUGUGUCGACAUUACCGAAUACAUACCAACGACCGUCCGUAUCACUGCGAGUUUCCAAAUUGUACAAAGAGCUUCAUCCAGAGGUCUGCCCUGACUGUUCACUCGCGGACCCACACCGGCGAGAAACCGCAUGUUUGCGACGUCCCGAACUGUAGAAAAGCAUUCUCAGAUUCUUCCAGUCUUGCACGACAUCGGCGGAUACAUACUGGCAAGAGACCCUAUAAGUGUCUCGAGCCGACUUGUGAGCGAAGGUUAGAUUACAUGUAUACAGUUUGCAGCUGGAUGAUAACUGACCGAUUCCCUAGUUUCUGCCGGAAGACCACCUUAACAAAACACCAACAUCGUUCGCAUCAGCUAGAACUCUCUUCGCAGGCCCAUUGUAUUCCGCAGCAUUCUCCUCAGGGCAUAUACUCUCAACCGCCAUCUCAACCACCGCCCGUAUUACCACAAACAACACAAAAUAUCACCGAACCCCUACCAGCAUAUCAACAGGCCGGAAUUAUGAUUAGUGCCGCUGAAUUCUAUCCAUCCCAAACACAGCCAGUCCACGCAAUUCCAGUUGCUGCCGAAAAUACGGUCCUUGAUCCUGAGAUCCAGUACGUUGGCAGUGGGAUGGUAAUGCAACCGCAGAUUCAACGCUUCGAUGUCACCACCCCAAUCGAGUCUCUUACUCGCUUUCAGCCCAUACCUCCAAAUAUUGUACCUCACUUCGAAGCCCUAGCUCCAGCGCCCUAUGGUGGAGUCUUCCCCCUAGACAACAAACCUUUGGGUCCACGCAUUCUGGAUCCAUAUCCGGAGCGAGGAAAUUUUGAUUUCUUAGGCCUGGAAGGCUGA